AUGCCUUGCAGUUUUGAGAGACUUUUGUACGGUCAGGGUUUGGGUCUUAAACAUGUAAGAGAACCCUUUGACGAGUUCGAGAAUUCAGUAUCAAUGCAGCUAUCGUUGAAGAGGUUUAUUCCCUCACAAACGGACUGGUAUGCCAAGGCCAUUGAUGACAGGCAGGGUGAACGAUGCAGUCUUGAGCAGUCGUUUUAA